AUGGUGUCGAGCCGACUUCGGCUGAUCGCGGUAGCGGUGAUUCUCUCCAUAUUCCUUUUCUACAAUUUCAGCAACAGGUACGACUACAGCUACCCGAAGGCGCAGCCAUGGAACGGUCAAUCCCAGGCUGUGACUGAUGGCAAGCCGAAAGCCAGCGUCGACUACAACGACAGUGAAGUCACAGUUCCCACCCCCACUGGAGCAGGUCGAGGGGCAAUCCGGACACAGGCGGCCGCUCUCGACAGCCAGCAAGAGGAUCUCUCUUCGUCGGCAGAGCUCGAGGCACAAAAACUGUCCGCAUCCGCGUCAUCCUAUUCCAAAGACCAUGCCGACUACAAAACGAGCAGUGCCAACAGCAAAACGAGCAGUACCAACGGCACCGGCUCCAAACCGACGAGUCACAAGUCUCUGGACCCCUCGGACCAGGAUGUAGACUGGUCCCGUUUCGCUUAUACGCAAUAUGUCACUGACACUGACUAUCUGUGCAAUUCUGUCAUGAUAUUCGAGACGCUGCAUCGCCUCGGGAGCAAGGCCGACCGUGUGAUGAUGUACCCGCACUAUAUGCUCGACCCGAAGGCGACCGAGUCGGCUCAUCACGCCGGACGACUCUUGAUCAAGUCGCGCGACGAAUAUCAGGUCAAAUUGAUGCCAAUUGAGAUCCAGCACCGCGAAGGUGCCGACCCUACAUGGGCCGACUCAUUCACCAAGCUCCUUGCCUUCAACCAAACCCAAUAUGAUCGCGUCCUCUCGCUCGACUCGGAUGGAACAAUUCUCCAACCCAUGGACGAACUCUUUUUGCUGCCGCCGUGUCCUGUUGCGAUGCCUCGGGCAUAUUGGUUGCUGGACAAUGACCCCGUGCAAAGGGUUCUUUCGUCGCAGCUUAUGCUCAUCCAGCCAGAUACCGUCGAGUUCGACCGCAUCGUGAAGAAGAUGGACACCGUCACCGACAAUGACUACGAUAUGGAGAUUGUCAACCAGCUGUACUACGACAACGCCCUCAUCCUCCCGCACAGGCCGUACGAUAUGCUGACGGCCGAGUAUCGACGAACCUCACACGCCGACUAUCUCGGCUCAGAACAAGAAAAAUGGGACCCUGUCGCAAUCCUGAACGAGGCCAAGUUUGUGCACUUCUCCGACUGGCCUAUCCCCAAGCCAUGGAUCCCCAUGCCUGAGAUCAUGAGGGAGGAGAGCCAGCCCGACUGUAAGGCUAUUAAUGGCAAGGAGGAUUGCAUCGAGAGAGAGAUCUGGAAUAAAUUCUACACUGACUUUUCUGAAAACCGCCAGCGAGUCUGUCACUCUGAUGCUAAGGCCCCGCACUCAAAGCGACGACAUUGGUUGCGAAUGGAGGGAACUGAUCGCAACAAAUAA